CCCUCUCUCGGCGCUGCCUCAUGGCUUUCAACUUCGGGGCGGCUGCUGGCGCCGCGGCCGCCCCAAACCCCGCGGGAGCCUUUGGGGGCUUUGGAACCACCACCACCACCGCACCGGGGUCUACAUUUAGUUUCUCAACGCCUGUCAACACAGGGCUGUUUGGCGCUACCCAGAACAAAACUUUUGGUUUUGGUACCAGCUUUGGAACAGCGCCCAGUACAGGAACUGGGCUUGGCACCGGCUUGGGAUUUGGUGGCUUCAACCCUCAGCAGCAGCAACAAACACUCGGUGGUCUCUUCAGCCAACCGGCUCAAGCCCCUGCACAGUCCAAUCACCUGAUCCACACAGCCAGCGCCCUUUCCGCCCCCACCCUCUUGGGAGAUGAGCGAGAUGCCAUUUUGGCCAAGUGGAACCAGCUGCAGGCAUUUUGGGGCACAGGCAAAGGGUACUUCAACAACAACAUUGCCCCGGUGGAAUUUACGCAGGAGAAUCCAUUCUGCAGAUUUAAGGCUGUGGGCUACAGCUGCAUGCCCAACCACAAGGACGAAGAUGGCUUGGUGGCGCUAGUCUUCAAUAAAAAAGAAACCGAGAUCCGUGGUCAGCAGCAGCAACUUGUGGAAGCGUUGCACAAAAUCCUGGGUUCAAAUCAGACGCUGACGGUCAACGUAGAAGGAGUGAAGACCAUGCCCGACGAACAAACAGAAAUCGUGAUCUAUGUGGUUGAGCGGUCGCCCAACGGCACUUCCAGGCGCGUUCCAGCCACCACCCUCUAUGCGCACUUUGAACAAAUCAACAUCAAAACCCAGUUGCAGCAGCUUGGCGUGACCCUCACCAUGGCCAGGACGGAGCUCUCCCCAGCACAGGUGAAGCAGUUGCUGCAGCAUCCUCCUGCAGGUGUUGAUCCGAUCAUUUGGGAACAGGCCAAAGUGGACAAUCCGGAUCCUGAAAAGCUGAUUCCAGUCCCAAUGGUUGGCUUCAAGGAACUCUUGCGGAGAUUGAAAGUUCAAGACCAAAUGACAAAGCAACACCAAAGCCGAUUGGACAUCAUAUCAGAAGAUAUAAGCGAGCUUCAAAAAAAUCAGACUACGACCAUGGCCAAAAUCGCUCAGUACAAAAGAAAGCUAAUGGAUCUUUCCCAUCGAACUUUGCAGGUGCUCAUCAAGCAGGAGAUCCAGAGGAAAAGCGGGUACGCCAUCCAGGCAGAUGAAGAGCAACUCCGGGUGCAGCUGGAUACGAUCCAGUGCGAACUCAACGCCCCUACCCAGUUCAAGGGCCGUUUGAACGAGCUGAUGUCACAGAUCAGAAUGCAGAAUCACUUCGGAGCGGUCAGAUCUGAGGAGAGAUACUAUAUUGAUGCCGAUCUCUUGCGGGAAAUCAAACAGCAUUUGAAGCAGCAGCAAGAAGGACUAAGUCACCUGAUCAGUAUUGUAAAAGAUGACCUGGAAGACAUAAAGCUGAUAGAACAUGGCUUAAACGAGAGCAUUCCGGUUAGAGGGGGCGUCUUCAGUUGAUCCGUUGGUCCUUUCCAUUGACUGUACGGGCAUAGAAAACACGUGGUUUUCCUUGGCUGAAAUUCACUGGUUGGUUUUUUUGGACCUUAAAUCUUAGUGAAGGUUCUGAGAGAGUGCCAGACACUUGGCAUUCAGCCACGAAGGUCAAAGGGUAAAGAUUAAAAAAAAAGCUGCACUUGAUUUUUAAGAUGGAAAGAUACUUUACAUACUGCUCUGUGAUCUAAGCCUGCAUUUCUAUUUUAUCAACUUAUGUCUCAUUUUGUUUUUUGUUUUUCCGAACAACACUUCCAGUGUUAAAUGAUCAGCGGGGAAAAUAACACACCUUCUCUAUAUGAGAAACAACACAAAACAACUGGUUUAAAGGAGAAACACACCUGCAGUGUUUGGGAAAGAAAUGCACAGGUCAAAGGUGGUUUUUUUUCCCCCCUUGUGCUUAACAAUCGCACAGAAAGCUAUAAUUUUACAUCCAUUCAUCAGAAUUUACAAUAUUACUGAAAGGUAAUAAAAACUGCUUUCUGUUAUUCAGCCAUAGGUUCUCUGUAUAGCGGAUCGCUUGUUUUCAAGAUAACGACAGAUGAAAACUGGGUCUAGGAGUUUUAAUCUUGCCUAAUCACUAAUUAAUCUGUUGGCCUAAAUAUCCUCUGAGAUUCAGAGGAUCCCUAUCCACCAUCUCCUGUUCCCAAGUAAUACAACAGCACAGAAGCCUGCAUUUGAAGCACUGCCUGUUGCUUAAACCACAGGGCUCUU